AUGGAGGUGAUUCAAUCUCAAUCGAAACCGGCCCUGGAGAAUGUGGUUGCCAUGAAGGGUGGAGAUGGAGAUUCUAUCUAUGCCAAAAGAUCUUCAAUGCAGUUAAAUACGGUUCAAGCUGUGAAGCCAAUUCUUGAGCGUAGCAUUUAUGAGAAUGUGAGAUUGAUGUCUAAUGUGGGAGGCAUAUUUCGGAUAGCAGAUUUCGGUUGUGGUAUUGGGAAAAAUACUCUGAUGGUAGCAGAUACCAUUGUCAUUGUUGUGCAACGCUCGCUUGACGAACAGGAGAUGCCAAAAUUUGAGGUGUAUUUCAUCGACCUUCCUUCCAAUGAUUUCAAUUCACUGUUUCGAAUGUUGCCUCCCCAUAGACAAGGCUGUGCCGAUGGAGAUUGUAAGCCUCGAAUGUGGUAUCAACCUACCACCUGUACCCUGUACCUGCAGUCUGUGUUGCAAGUCAUACCUGCGUCCCUGCAGGAACCCAUUGUCCAUGCCGCCACCUGA